ACUUGUUUAGUCCCGCCUUUUCCGUCCCGUUACAUAAAGCGGUUGGCUACCCUGUUGUCAGUCAGAUGCAACAAGAGCGGCUUGAGAAGGGCUCUGGGUUUGUUUUGCUGGGCGGCUUUAUGUCAGCUUGGCUGUCAGCUGCGAGAGUGCUUUGAACUUUUAGGUGGAAAAUGCCGGAAAGUAACUUCACAGAGUGGAGCGACAUUAGCGCGGUGCAGGUGGCCGCCGGAUACCCAAGCGUUGCCUUGGAGACAAGAGAUCGUGGGGCGGUGUGGGUGGAGGCUUACAGGGGUUUCCUUUUCGCAUCCCCUAGGUAGGGGAGGAUGCGGCGACGUGGGUGGGACCUGGAGUUUAUUCCCUGUUUUCUUGCCCGCAGGAUGUGGAAUUCGUGUUUGGCGUCCUAGGCAUCCCCCUAGCAUCCCAGGAGCUGGACAUCAGGUAUGUCGGGAUGAGGAAUUAGGACUCAGGUAACCGAAUGCAUUAUGGGAAUGAUAGAUAAUAGUAGCAGCUGUUCAUUGCAAACACUCAGUGCUUACCAUUUCUCUAGUGCUUUCCAGUAUGCAUGGUAGGCCAGUUCUCUCCCGCUGAGCUAUACCCUUACCUCUAAUUUUUACUCUUCCUAGUUGGGAGAACCUUCUGUUCUUUUAUCGAGAGAAGAUGAAGUGAUUGAUCUAUUAAUACUAGCUAUACUUUACUGUUUUUCUGGAAGUGAGUUUACCUGCCACUGCUGUCUUCAUACAGAAAACAUUUAUUGAAUGUGUACUAUGUUUUGGUUACUGUGCUCCAUAACUGGUGGGAGACCAGAAAUAUAAAGAAGGAAUGAGGUGUAGUUUUGACCUUCAAUUCUGAGAAGAUAAAGGCAAGAUAUGCAGAAAAAAACAAGAUAUACUUAAAUAGGAAAUGUAUAGAAUGGGUGACUGGUUCUCUUUGGGAUUUGCUUGACUAUGUGGACCAUAGUGCCGCUGAGACUGGGAAAUAUACAGGGAAGAGCCAAUUUGGAAGGGAAAGGUGAUGAAUUAAAUUUGGAAUGUGAGUUUGAGAUGCAUGUGGGACAUCCAGCACAUAUGCCCAUUGGGCAACCAAGACUUAGUGCCUGAACUAAAGGAAAUGACAGGAUGAUUCAGAAGGAAAAUGACAACAGGAUCAGAAGACAUUCAAGAGUAUGUUUGUGUUAAAGAGAAGGGUGUAAUUGGGUAUGAUUUGAUUGUCUUUCAUCAGAUUCUUGAAGUAAUCAAGACAUAAUGAUCAUAUUUGGCUAGCAAGUAGGCAGAUUGUUGUAAAGUAAACUGUUACUGAGUUUACUGUGUUCAGACACUAUUCUGAGUGUUUUACAUGUAUUAACUGAUUUCGUCUUCACAACAAUGCUCUGAAUUAUAUUCACUUUAUAGAUGAGAAAGCCAAUGUACAAGUAAGAUGACAAAAUUACACAGUAGAACCCCAUAAAGUGGCACACACCUAUAACCCCAAGCUACUCUGGAGACUAAGGCAGGAGGCUUGCAAGUUUAAGGGCAGCCUUGACAAUUUAGUGAUCCCCUGUCUCAAAAAGGAAAAGGAUGUAGCUCAGGGGUAAAGCACCCCUGGGUUCAAUCCCCAUUACCAAGAGAAAAAAAAAGAGAGAAAGGUUUAAACACAAGUUAGGAUGGUGGUACAUGCCUAUAAUCCAGCUACUUGGGAAAUGGAAGCAGAAUGAUUGCCAUUGGAGGCCAUCCUAGGCAAUUUAGGAAUAUCCUGUCUCAUUUUUUUUUUUUUUAAAGCUGGUGAUGUAGCUCAGUGUAGAGCACUUGUCUGGCAUGCUUAAGGCCCUGGGUUUCAUCUUCAGCAGCACAAAAAGAAAAAAAAGAGAAUAUUCAAGCAUAAUGAUGUACAGUGCAGUGCUCUUAAUACCAAAAAUUAUCCAGCAAUUGAGAAGAAUAUUUAAUUGUGGUAUAUGUGUAAAAAAAAUGUAGCCUUUAAAAAUUUUAAGAACUAAUGACAAAGUAAAACAUUUAUAAUAAGUAAAAGUGUAUGAGCCAGUAUUAUAUAAACUCAUUUAUAGAAAAAAGAUUGCAUAUCAAAAAAGACUGUAUGAAAAGAGCCCAGGGCACUAAUAAUAGCUUAUAAGUUGAUAUUAUUAUGGGGUUAUUUUGGAGUUUUCUUUAUACUUUCACUAUUUUUUCCACAUUAUCUAAAGUGAAGGUGUUAAAAACAUAAUAAACAAAUGAAAUAAAGUGUACAGUUUCUGUCCUAAGAGAAACACUACCUAUGUGGCAGCUCACAACCCUGUUUGCCCUAUGUGGUUUGGCCCCAUCCCUUUUGAUGUUUAAUGAGUUAUCUGCAAUUGCUAUUUUCUCCCCACUUACCAUAUUUAUUCUACUUAGUUCAUCUUGUACAUUAGCAUUUACACAGAGUAGGAUUUUUAUUACUUUAGUUUAAAAGAUCAGAUUUACCCUUGAAGCUAAUUUGUAAGCUUAGAGUAUAAAUAAGCUCCAAACUAUUUAGACUUCAGAGAUACUUGCAGAAUAAUUUAAAUAAUAAAUACAAAUAUGCUUUUUUGUGUUAUAUCAGAUUUUUUUAAAUGGGCCUCUGUAAUUGGAGAAACUAAAUUGGAUUUUACAUUUGGGCUGCCUCCAACAUAACAGCCAUUUAUUAAGUUUAUACAGGUACCCAGAAGAGAUUUCAAAUGAGAGCUAUUUGUGGUUCAUUGUUCUCCUUCUCAGCCAUUAUCAGCUCUGCUUUCUUCUUGGCUUUUGUAAGGAACCUUUUCUAUUUUUACAAAAGUAGAUUUUAUAAAUUUUCUAACAUAAUUACUGGUACCAAAGUAAGCUGCCUUUUCAAACCUAGAAAAUGUAGUGUUAUACUUUACUUCUGACCAGAAAACCUUUCAAAAUCAAGUUUCAAAUAGUUUGAAAAGCAGAGUUUGCCUCUUCUUCAUGUUUAGAUAUAUUUAAGGUAGAGAAAAGAAUUUUAAGUAGGAUUAUAGAUUAAAAUGAAACAUUCAGCAUUCUCCUCUUUUUUUUUUAGAGAGAGAGAGAAUUUUUAAUAUUUAUUUUUUAGUUUUCGGCAGACACAACAUCUUUGUUUGUAUGUGGUGCUGAGGAUUGAACCCGGGCCACACGCAUGCCAGGUGAGCGCACUACCGCUUGAGCCACAUCCCCAGCCCCACCAUUCUCUUCUUGAUGACCAAGGUCUUGAACCUAAGACCUGUACCAUGCAUCACCUCUAGGGAAGCUAAAUUAUUCCUUUUUGCAAAAUCCAUUUUCAUUUAUCCAAGGCCAUCCAGAAAUGGAACUUGUGAGCAAAUGGAAUAAUCAUACCAUAUUCUAAGAGUGGUUCUCAGAAUGUGGUCCCUAAGCUACCAGCAUCAGCAUCACCUAGGAAACUUGUUAGAAAUGCACAUUUCUGGACCCCAUUCCAGAAUUAAUGAAAUCAGAAACUAAGGUGGACUCCUGCAAUGUAUGGUUUAAUAAGCCCACUAGGUAAUACAGGCUCAAAUUUGAGAGCCCCUGCUCUAGUUGUCAUCUGUGCAGAAGAAUUGGAAAAUAAUGGUCUUCUUCUGGUGCUGUGACUUUGCUAGGAGACGUAGAUGCUGUUACUAAACAGGUCAUCAAACGCUGUGACCUUAUACUCUUAAUGGAAAUCAAGGACAGCAACAAUAGGAUCUGUCCCAUGCUGAUGGAUAAGCUGAACGGAAAUUCAAGGAGAGACAUUACAUAUAGCUAUGUGAUUAGCUCUCGUCUUGGAAGAAACACAUAUAAAGAACAGUAUGCCUUUAUCUACAAGGAAAAGCUGGUGUCUGUAAAGGAGAAGUACCUCUACCAUGACUAUCAGGAUGGGGAUACAGAUGUGUUUUCCAGGGAGCCCUUUGUGGUUUGGUUCCAGUCACCACACACUGCUGUCAAGGACUUCGUGAUUGUCCCCCUGCAUACCACCCCGGAGACAUCCGUUAAAGAGAUUGAUGAGUUGGCUGAAGUCUACAAGGAUGUGAAAUGGCGCUGGAAUGCAGAGAAUUUCAUUUUCAUGGGUGACUUUAAUGCUGGCUGCAGCUAUGUCCCCAAGAAGGCCUGGAAAAACAUUCGCUUAAGAACUGACCAGAGGUUCAUCUGGCUGAUUGGGGACCAAGAGGACACCACAGUUAAGAAGAGUACCAACUGUGCAUAUGACAGGAUUGUGCUUCGAGGGCAAGAGAUAGUCGAAUCUGUGGUUCCCAGAUCAAAUGGCACCUUUGACUUCCAGAAAGCCUACAAAUUAUCUGAAGAGGAGGCCCUGGAUGUCAGUGACCACUUUCCAGUUGAAUUUAAACUACAGUCUUCAAGGGCCUUCACAAACCGCAAAAAAUCUGUUGCUCCAAAGAGGAAAAAAAAGACCAAUCAUUCCUAAAUACAAAGGCACCGUUUAAUUAACUAUUUCUUGCCUCUAAAUAAAUGGUCCUAACAGGUAUUAGCUGAUCCCUGCACACUCUAGAAAGAUGACUCGUCCAGCUGCUUUUAUUUUUCACUUGAGUUAAUUCUGCCUUGAGCCAAAUUGGGAGGAGAAUUUUCUGCCAUCCCUUCUGGCUCAUACCUCCCAAGAACUGUCCUAAAGGAAAAGUUGGUCUUUGUGAUGCAAAAGAAUGGUCUUAGGUCCCCAAGCCCCAUCCUUUGUCACUAGUCCUUACUCAACCCUGUUUUGCUGGAGGCUGCAGGAGGAUGUCAGACAGACAGCUUUCUGAGGGAUCCAAUUCCUAGGAAAUGAGCAGAAAUGCCAAGGCCCCAACUGCACCACAUAAGUUGGGCAAUUAACUGGUUUAAGACUUCACCUUCAAGUCCUUCAGUCUGAGAUCAGGCCUCCAUCAUAUCUCACAGGGAUGGAUGAUGCCACUCCCACUUGUUCUCCCUAUCUCCAGACUGACCUCCUUCAAGUCAGCCAGCGCAGUAAGCACCAGUGUCAUCCUCUGAUGUACCAGUCAGUCCACAGCUCAUCCCCAUUCUUAUCACCUCCCUAUAAUCCUUCAGGGGCUCUCAUCACCAUGAGCUUAGUCUUUAGGCAUCAUAAAGGUCUCUAUUAGCCUACAUCUGACAAUACCUUGCACUGCAUGCUCCAGCAGGACAACUCUUCCCUGCCCAUCAUAGGCUCUACCUCCCUCCAGGUCUUGGCUCCAUCUUGGGUGCCCUGCCCUGCCCCACAGACUGGAUUAAGGGCCCUUGACACCACUUCCUAUGCCUCCACUGGAACAUGUAACACAUUGUAUUUGUCACCAAGGCAGUACUAGAGUUCGUUGAAGGUCUUAGUGUGACAAAUGCCCUGUUGGCUGGCUGGGACUUUAUUUUUUCUGCAAAUGUGCAGAGCAACAUGGAACUACUUUGCCUAUACCAAGAUAUGCAUUUUUAUGUUUUGAUUUGUUUUUAUUGAUAUUAUGCCUUUGUUCAAGUAGUAACACAAGCAAGGCUAAAUGUGCUCACAGUGCCAAAGCAUCAGCAGAAAAAGAAAUGUCACAUGGCAAUGCUAUUCCCUAGUUUCCCAUCUCACAAGCAGCCCCUCUGACCAAAUUAUGUGCAUUUCCAGAGUUUGUGAAAAAAUGAGCACCAUUAUGUAAUUAAAAUAAAUAAAGUGUGGCAUACCA